GAUACCGUCAUUAAUCUUCCACCUGUUCCUUCCCCCAACGCUUUGAAAACUGCCCAGUCGCUAGCAAAACAAUUCGCCGCCGCUCUACUCCCCCGAUCCACUUUAGUUCCUCGCCGAUUCCCUCAGCUCUUCUCCACACUCUCAUACACAACCAUGAUGUUUGGCAAUAUCAAUUCCUCUGGCGCGACGAUCGACGGGCGGCAGCACGGCGAGGCCAACGACAUUCUCCUGCCGAACCAGACCGGGCGGGUGCAGAAAGUGGCCGUGGUGUAUUUCACAGCAUCCGACAGCAGCGACCAGGGCGGGCGCAUGCACUUCCAGGCAUUCGAGACCGACAAUGUCGAAAAGUGCGUGGCGUUUAUCCGCAAUCUGCUGGACAGCAGCCAGCCACCCUCAUCGGUGCCAGCCACUCAGGAGCCUGGAGUCGAUAGCCCGGUGAUCCGGGCCACGGGCGGCGGCGCGCACCGGUUCCGCGAUCUCCUGGACCGCGAGCUGGGCGUGCAGAUCGAGGUGGUCGAGGAGAUGGAGAGCCUCAUCAAGGGACUGAACUUCCUGAUCAGAGAGGUCGCCGACGAGGUGUUCACGUAUUCGGAGGACGCGCCGAUGCAGUUCGAGAACCUGGCCAGCGACGAUUUCUUCCCGUACAUGCUGGUGAACAUUGGCUCGGGCGUCAGCAUCCUGAAGGUCACAAGCGAGAAUGAGUACGAGCGCAUCAGCGGCACAUCGUUGGGCGGUGGCACGCUAUGGGGGUUGCUCAAUCUGCUGACGGGCGUGCGGUCGUUUGACGAGAUGCUGGAGAUGACAAAGACCGGCGACAACACCAAGGUCGACAUGAUGGUGGGCGACAUUUACGGCACAAACUACGACAAGAUCGGGCUCAAGGCCACCAACAUUGCGUCGACCAUGGCCGGUGUCUACCGCAAGUCGCUCGACAAGCAGUUCGAUGAUGCCGACAUUGCGCGGUCGCUGCUGUACAUGGUCAGCAACAACAUCGGCCAGAUUGCCUACCUGAACGCCCGGCUACAUAACGUCAAGCGCAUAUACUUUGGCGGCUAUUUCAUCCGCGGCCACCCGCUGACCAUGCACACGCUGUCGUAUGCCAUCAACUUUUGGUCCAAGGGCGAAAUGCGUGCUCUGUUUUUGCGCCACGAGGGAUUCCUGGGUGCUACCGGCGCCUUCACGAUCGCCGAUGAUGCAGUCAGUGCGCUGGGCGUGCUGGACCGCCAGCCGUCGCAGCUACUGCCAUUGCCGCAGCUGGUCAACAGUACACGGACGCCGUACUCGCCAGACACAGUUGACUUGUCUACCGAUACCAAGCAGCGCUCAUACUGGAUCUCGGCCAUGGAGAAAAACACCAACGGGCUGCUGGAGCUGGCCGACAACGGGGCAUUGGAGUGCGGGCCAGACACGCAGAGUAAGAUGACUGGGUUCGUCGCCCUGUACCUGAAGCAUUUGCGGCGGCUGCGCGAGCAGCCACAGGCAUACGGCCUGAUCUCUGUGCGAAUGCUGCUGGGGCUGCGUGAACAGUGUCUGCACGAGGUUGGACUCGAGGACAUCUUUGCCCAUGUCAAGGAGCGCGAGACCGACGCCGCCCUGCUGGCGCUGCCCGAGGUGAUCCAGGAGACCGACCGGAUUUCCGACCAGUCGCAGCGGCUGACGACGGUCCUACAGAACGUUCUGGCCGGGAACAUGUUUGACUGGGGGUCGACGUCCCUGCGCGACAAGCUGGCCAGCGGUAAUCUAGACUUUGCUCACGCGCGCACCACAUUCGCCAGACGCCCGCAGUUCGACAACACUGAAGCAAUUCGUCGAGCGUACCGCAAGGCCGUGAUAUUCGUUGACAACAGCGGUGCCGAUGUAUGUCUGGGCAUUCUGCCGCUGGCGCGCUCCCUCCUGGCGUCAGGCACCGACGUUGUCGAGCUGGUCGACAUUGUGUGCCGGGCCGCACACAUCGACUCGAUUCUGGACAUGGGCUGGCGCGAGGGCAGGCUGCAGGUGUGCGGCACGGGCAGCAGCGGGCCGUCGGCCUGGUGCGCCAUUGCGCAGGCUGCCGAUCUGGUUGUCAUUGUCGGGAUGGGCCGCGCAAUCCACUCCAAUUACCGCGCCAACCAGAUGGCCGCCGAUGCUGCGGGGGCCCAGAUCUACGAUGGCCUGUGCUGGUACGAGCCUGGCCAAUG